AUGCUCGGCAUGAUCGCCGGGGUGUGGCGCAACAACUUUUACGUGCACCGGAUCCCGGAGAAGCCCGUCCACUCACGGGUGGUCAACAGCACCCAGAAGAAGGAGCGCCAUGUGGGGUUCGUGCGCGCGCGAGUGGCCGCCUUCUGGACGCCGGAGCGCGUGGAGUACUUCUGCUCGACCAUCCUCAUCGGGCCGCUGAUCACCCUGCGCGAGCGGGACCGGGCCCUGUGGGCCGACUCGCCGGUGGACUUCUUCAUCGAGGACAGCUCGCAGCUGGCACAGCACUUUGUCCGCCCGGCGGCCGAGCACCUCCUGCAGACGGCCAUCGAGCAGUUUGGCACGCUGAUCUUCCCGAAGAUCCUGCAAUUGUAUCACCAAUCGUCGGGCCCCCCCUCCCCCCCUUCGUUCAUCAUGUCCUUCAUGGGUACCCCCGUCCCGCCGAUCUAUGCGCCGCUGCUGGAGCUCCUACUGGCCGCGGCACACGCCACGUCCACCGACGCCCUGCGCGGCAUCACGGCCAAGUUUGAGGAGCUCUCCGGACAGCCGGGCUACUGCCUAGCCCUGUCGAUGGCCCUCGCGAACACCGAGCUGACCAGCGUGGUUCGGCAACACGCGGCUGUCGCCCUGAAGAAUCGCCUGCAGGUUGCCUGGCGUGCUGUUGGCAGCGAUGCCAUCCCCGAGGAGGAGAAGAAUGCGAUCCGGAGCAUCCUGCUCGAGACGAUCUUCGACCCGAGUGACCAGCGCGCCGGGAUUGCUCCGCGGCGGGCAGAGGCAUGCGCCGGUCCCCGCGCGUGCGCCCUGCCGGCCGGCGCGGAUGCCGAAUCCUCGCUCGAUGCCAUCUGGUGCGCCCUGCAGCUGGCGGCCAUCAGCCCCUCUUCGCGGCAUGAGUUCCGCUUCAGCUCGCUGCUGGACAGCACCCGGCUGCACACCCUGCGGAGCUCCAAUCUCCUGAAGCGGCGCUUCUGCCUGAUGAUCCCCCAGUGGAUUGAGUUUGGCCUGGACGCGCCGCUGCGGCCAUUGAUGAUCGGGGAGCUGGUCAGCCAGACAGCCCCGGCCGAGGAUCUGGCCGUGCGGCUGUACGCGUCGCAGGCCCUGGCCGCGUGCAUUGCCGACUAUGACUUCGACUUUGAGACGCAAUUGCAGCCGUACCUGACGCCGGCUUUGCGGCACCUGCUUGGGCUCUGCCUGGAGGUGAGCUCCCGGUCGCUGGAGGCCCUGGCCACGGUGCUGGCCGUCCUGUCGACCCUGAUCGAGGCGGUUGGCGCGGCGCCCGCCUCGACGCCGGUCCUGCUGGAGCAUGUGGACGCCCUGCAGGAGCUCCUAUGGGGCUUGUGGUCGUGGGCCACGGGCUCCAAUGGGGCGGCGCCUCCCGGGUCGGUGGGUGGUGUGGCCGGCGGCCCGGCGGGCCCGGUGGCGGCCCCGGUGCCUGCCGACUCGGGCCCCGAUGGCGGGGCCUCGCAUGGGGCCGCCAUCCAGGUGGCGGUGUUGGCCUUUGUCGGGAAGACGGUGUCGGCCCUGUCGCAACAUCGGACCAUGCUGGCUGGGUUGCGGCCGGGCCCGGAGACCGCGGGUGCCGGGGCGGCCGGGCCGGCCUCUGGAGCCGCGGUGGACCGGCCGCUGCAGGUGAUCUUGGAUUUCUGCGUGCGGGAGCUGAUCCCCCGGUCGAUCUUGGCCCCGGCGGCCGAGCAGCAGCAGCAGCAGCUCCUGGAAGAGGGCACCUCCCUGUGGCUGACGGUGAUGGAGGCGUCCGAGCAGCUGACCGAGCCGCUGGGUGCUCUGUUUGCCCUGCUGGUGCCGAUGCCCACGCCACUGGAGCGCUUUUUCGAGGGCCAGCACCAGGUCGAGAGCCCGGCCCUGGUGUUCCAUGACAGUGAGAAUGCCGAAGUGGCCAUGUCCAUCCUCCGGGCAUAUGUGCACUUCCGGGCGCCGUUCCUGGUGCGGGCCGACUCGCCGGCCGGGGCCGGGCUGCGCAAUGCCCUGGCCGAGCUGCUGCGGCUGUAUGUCAUCCAGCCGGGCCUGGCCCUGCGGGCGCUGGAUGCGGCCACGGCAGGCGGCCCGGACGGGGCCCCGCUUGAUGAGGCGGCCGCCGCGGCGGCGGCCGCCGCCGCCGCCGAGACCGCCUCCGACGGAUCGGUGGCCGCGCGCGUGGCCCUGGUAUCCGGCGUGGCCCAAGUCCUGGAGGCACUGAUGCUGUCGGUCCUGCUGGGCCCGCACCCGGGGGUGGCCCCGGCCCUGGGAGGCGGUAGCCCGCCGGCCCUGGGGCAGUUUGUGGCUUGGUUUUCCCACGGGGAUGCCACCUCGCCGAGUCUGCUGAAUGUCCUGCUGCAGUCGAUUGACAUCUCUUCGUCGGAGGCCCGGCUCUUCCGGCCGAUCCUCCUCCCCCUGGUCGCGAGGCUCUUCCUGGAGUUCGGUACCUGGCCGACGGCCUACCGUCUGGCCGGCCUGGCCGACACGUCCAGUCCGCACCUCGCCUCGCAGGCCCUUGUUCACUUCAUCACUAUUGUCCAGGACUCCUGGGAUAGCCUCUCUACUCCCUUCCAGUUCCGACUUCUCGGACUUUUUGCCAUCCGCCUGGCACAGGACAUCCUCCUGCCACCGGGGGCCCAGUCGGCCGAGGUCCAGGCGAUGCCGCAGCUGCAUCGGCUGGUGGAGGAACUGCUGACCAUGUCGGCCAGCUCCAUCUCCUUCAUGCACCGGGCCCAGUUGGAAUCCAAGCGUGAGGCGGCCGACCGCCGCGGCGCUGUCAGCGCCCUGUCCGGCGCCGGCGCCGAGGACAAUUACGCCAACGGGGAGGACGACGAGGAGGACGACGACUACUACCAUCGGUCGGCCGCGCCGACCCCUAAUGCCAUCCGCCAGGGCGAGAUCGCCCAAUCGGACCAGCUCUCUUCACAAAGUCUGCGCACUUCGCUGCUCAGCUGCCUGCGCGUCCUGGUCGCGCAUGAGGCCCAGCAACGGCAGCAGUCGCAGGGCGCCUCCCCGGGCGACUCGGUGUACGACAUCAUCCUGGCCAAGCUCGAGGAGUCUUAGUGGGGGGGCGGCCACGCUUGCGUGCUCGUCACCCUCCCCCACCCCGCCACCCCGCUGCCCGCCGCCGGCCAGCCGACUGGCUUCCUCCCUACCCCCCCCCACCACCACCACCACCACCA